CAGCCGGAGGAGACCCACCACGGCGGGAGCGCCCAGCACGCCCUGCGCUCCACGGGGCCCCGCUCCAUGCCGAGCCGCCGGCAGAAGAGCGCCACGCACGCCGCCGCCGCGGCCGUCCCCGCGGGCGGGGACCCAGCCGGCCGCCGAGCCACCGAACCGCUGGGCAGGCCGAGCCGCUGAGAGCCCGCGCCGGGAGCCCUGACUCUAUGGCCCCGGGGGAGCUCGCCGGAGCCACUGCGCCGCCCGCCACCAGCCGGAACCCGAGCGCCAACGGGAGGAAGAGGGAAGCCCCGGGCGCCGCCGGCCCCAGCCCAGGGGCGCGCCAGCCGCGGAAAAUGGCAGGCAGGUAGCCGGCUCGCGCGAGGACCCCCGCGGCGGGCAGGACCCGCCGAGGACCGCGGAGCCCAGAGAGAGGGAGGAGAGGAGCGGCCCGCCCGCCCCUGGUCGCAGCCCCACCAGGGCCCUCCUCCGGCGGCGCGCGCCCGCGCGCGCGCACACUUGCACACAGUACCUCCGCUCCUGUCCAGUCUCGCCUGCCCCCAGAGAGUGCCGAACCCCCUGGGGCCGGAUGCCAUGGGUAACAACUUCUCCAGUAUCCCCUCUCUGCCCCGAGGAAACACGAGCCGGGCGCCACGGGGCCACCCCCAAAACCUCAAAGAUUCCAUCGGGGGCCCCUUCCCUGUCACUUCUCACCGAUGCCACCAUAAGCAGAAGCACUGCCCGCCGGUGCUGCCCGGCGAGGGACUACCAGCCACGCCACUGCUCUUCCACCCACACACCAAGGGCUCCCAGAUCCUUAUGGACCUCAGCCACAAGGCCGUCAAGAGGCAGGCCAGCUUCUGCAACGCCAUUACCUUCAGUAAUCGCCCAGUCCUCAUCUACGAACAAGUCAGGCUGAAGAUUACCAAGAAGCAGUGCUGCUGGAGCGGGGCGCUGCGACUGGGCUUCACGAGCAAGGACCCGUCGCGCAUCCACCCUGACUCUCUGCCCAAGUACGCCUGCCCUGACCUGGUGUCCCAGAGCGGCUUCUGGGCCAAGGCGCUGCCCGAGGAGUUUGCCAACGAGGGCAACAUCAUCGCCUUCUGGGUGGACAAGAAGGGCCGUGUCUUCUACCGCAUCAAUGACUCGGCCUCCAUGCUCUUCUUCAAUGGGGUUCGCACGGCCGACCCGCUCUGGGCCCUGGUGGACGUCUAUGGCCUCACGCGGGGUGUGCAGCUGCUUGACAGUGAGUUGGUGCUCCCGGACUGCCUGCGGCCGCGCUCCUUCACUGCUCUACGGCGGCCGUCGCUGCGGCGCGAGGCGGACGAGGCACGCCUCUCCGUGAGCCUUUGCGACCUCAACGUGCCGGGCACCGACGGCGACGAGACCGCGCCGGCCGCCGGCUGCCCCAUCCCACAGAACUCGCUCAACUCGCAGCACAGCCGCGCACUGCCCUCGCAGCUCGACGGCGACCUGCGCUUCCAUGCUCUCCGCGCCGGCGCGCACGUCCGCAUCCUGGAUGAGCAGACGGUGGCGCGCCUGGAGCACGGGCGCGACGAGCGCGCGCUCGUCUUCACCAGCCGACCCGUGCGUGUGGCCGAGACCAUCUUCGUCAAGGUCACGCGCUCGGGCAGCACGCGGCCGGGCGCGCUCUCCUUUGGUGUCACCACGUGCGACCCCGGCACGCUGCGGCCGGCGGACCUGCCCUUCAGCCCCGAGGCCCUGGUGGACCGCAAGGAGUUCUGGGCCGUGUGCCGCGUGCCCGGGCCCCUGCACAGUGGCGACAUCCUGGGCCUGGUGGUCAACGCCGACGGCGAGCUGCACCUCAGCCACAAUGGCGCGGCGGCAGGCAUGCAGCUGUGCGUGGACGCCUCCCAGCCGCUCUGGAUGCUCUUCGGGCUGCACGGGGCUGUCACGCAGAUCCGCAUCCUCGGCUCCACCAUUCUGGCAGAGCGGGGCAUCCCAUCACUCCCCUGCUCCCCUUCUUCCACACCAACCUCACCCAGCACCCUGGGCAUCCGCCUCUCUGACCCAUUGCUCAGCACGUGCAGCUCUGGACCGCUGGGUAGCUCUGCUGGUGGGACAGCCCCCAACUCACCGGUGAGCCUGCCCGAGUCGCCAGUGACUCCCGGUGCUGGCCCUUGGAGUGAUGAGUGCACCAUUUGCUAUGAACACGCGGUGGACACGGUCAUCUACACAUGUGGCCACAUGUGCCUCUGCUACGCCUGCGGCCUGCGCCUCAAGAAGGCUCUGCACGCCUGCUGUCCCAUCUGCCGCCGCCCCAUCAAGGACAUCAUCAAGACCUACCGCAGCUCCUAGCGCGUCUUGGUACCCAACCCCACACACCCACCUCCUGGGACUCCAGCCCAGCUCCAGCUGAGGGGCAAGUCAAUAGGGCCCCUUCUCUUCUUCCUCAUUUUGGAAACUCUUUUCCCUUCUCAUUAAACAUGAGAACUGGGCCCUUAAAGGUAUGGGGAGAAAAGGGGUAUCAGGCAGGGAGAUGAGGGCAGAAGCAAGUCACCUGCUCUCCUCUGCACGCUGAGGGCUAAAUGGGGUUUCAGCCUCUCCUGAUCCUUCCCUAUCGGGUAGAUUCCCAGGAAGUCCCUAUAGCUCACGUGGCACCUUUGUGAGAAUUAGAAAGUGUGUUCCUUUCUCCGGGCAGUUGCGGCCCUGAGCCUGAACAUGUGGCUUGGCUAGUGGAGUAUGGAGUUGGACCUCAGCCUCCAUUUUCUCCCUCAGCCAACUGCCCUUGAGCAGUGCACAACCUGCGCAACAGCAGCUCUGGGCGGGCAGCUUCUGAGUUGUCGCCUUACUGUCUGACCUACACCUACCCUUUCCUUCCUCUUUUCCCUGCCACUUGGGUUUGGCAGCCAGGGGUGAGAAGGCCAGUGGCUACCUCUCUUCCUGGGCAGGCUGCAGCCUCCAUGCCAUGUCCUUCUCCUACUCACCCUGGAUGGGUGGACACAGGCUACAGAAGCCUACAGGUUCUGGGUCCCUAGCCCCCUGGCCUGUUUGAGACGUGGAAGGCCCUUUCCUGGCCACAGCCCUUCUGCCCCAAUCAUCUUGCUGGAUGCUGCUGCCCAGGGGUAGCCCCCUGGUUUGGGCUGGAGAGCGGGGUGUCUCUUCUGUCAGGUCUAAAGAUCAGGUUUGUAGCUACCCUCUGACCUCUCCUCUCAUGUUUCAGUGCUGUCCUGGGCCUGGCUGAUCCUCAUGGAAACUGUAGCAUCCCCUGGAGGGACCAGGGCCCUGGGUUGGGGGUAGAGGGGUUCCCUGGAGUAAGAACAGCUUUUCCCCUUUAUUUAUUUAUUUAUUGGGUUUACAGGGGUUAUUUGGGGGAGGGGGGUGAAUUCCCAUUCCCCAAACCCCUAGAAAUGUUGCCCUCAUAGGCAGGGUGCCUCAUUGGAGGGGUCAGCAGUGGUAGUCAUCACUCAGAGUCUUCCCCAGACUCCAGCCCAAAAGUCCACAGACAGCUCUGCUUACCAUGAAAUAGAACUCCAUAAGAAGGGGCUGAAUUGGGAGGCCCUCCGGCAAAUUGUGUCCGUUUUAUAGAGAGGGCAACAGAGCCUCUGCAAUGCCCUAGGGCCGGUGGAUCACCCAGAGCCACAAAAGCAGGGUUAUCUUAACUGACUCAUGUACAUCAGGAGGCCCAGGAGCUCCCCUCUCCACAAGGACAUACAAUAUCCUGAGCAGGCGGAGGGAGGGGGAGCCCAGCUGGCCUAGUCACUGUAGGCACAGGGAGCCUGUUCUUAGGAAAGGCUAUCCACUCCCAGGAACGAUGAGAAGGAAGGGGCUGCGUCCCAGCACCUCUAGCUUCUUCUUCUUGAUUCUGGGGUGUGGGAGUGCCCCCCAGCUGCUCUUAGGUCACAGUCAUCUCAGCCCUGCAUGCCCUGUCCUGACAGGCCACGGGCUGGGGUCAGCUCUCUGAGUCCUGGCCUCCCCCUAGCCUCCCAGCCCUCUGCCCCUUAGAUGGCUUUUUUAUGCCCACUGGCGCCUGCUUUGCCAUGUGGCUGGCAGAGCAUUGGAUUCUAGACCUGGCCACUGACCAGUUGUGUGGCUCUGGCCAGGUCGUAGCCUCUCAGCCUCAGCUGUCACCUCUGUAAAAUGAUUGGGGGGUGGGGAGCAGACUUUCUGUAUGACUCUAGGCAGUUCUUUGGUGACGGCUGCAGUGGGGUGGUGGUGGGACAGCACAGGGGGUCAGGAUGCCAGGCUGGCGCUGUUUGAACCUGCUUUGCAGUGGGCCUUUGGGAAGUCAUGGUUCUACUCUGGGUGUCUAAUCCCCAGUCACUGAGCUUGUGGACCCCUUCUGUGGGAGUUGGGUGAGGUGGGGCUGGUGGUAGCCCCAUCCAGUCAAGGUUCCCAUCUGAGAGGCAGGAAAAGUCCUUAAGUGCAGGGGCUGUGUUGCCUGAGGGUCAGGGAGAGGAAGCCAUCCAUCUCAUUGUCUCUGUUAGUGUGGGGUGGGGGGUAGCUGCUGCCUCCUUUGUGAACUUGGGUCACCGUGAUUGUGAAUAAAGGUGAUUUCGUACCAGC